AUGCUUGCUCACCGACCAUGUACAUUAAGGAGUCAACUUGCAUUGGGACAGCUUGUGGACAACAGAGGAACCAAAUUGCCAUCGGCUAGAAAUAUGUAUCGACUACUAUGGGCCUGUGACUUAGAGCAACAAGCUCACGAUUGGCUUGCCACAUGCCCGAGUGGACCUCAACUGUCAAAAGGUGAAAACUUCUAUCGCGGACCAGCUAGUGGCUUAUCUGCAUGGAGAGAUAUGAACAAAAAAGCUGUCACGGAAUGGUGGAAAGUCUACCGUAAUGUUAAUGGUCCUGGAUCAAGCGCUGUAUACACCUCGUCGCACGAAGGCACUAUGAUAGACUCAUACACUCAGAUGGCUUGGGCUAAAACACGAUAUCUGGGUUGUUCCAUUGCCACAUGUGAUGGUGAUUUUGUGGAAUCAUGUCGUUACCGAGUUGUGUAA